AUGUUUGACCAAGGCAAACCAGCAGGAAUUCCUAAGCUGUCGGUUAGCAUUCAGCAAAUAUCUCCAUUACCCACAGUGUCUGAGCUAUCAACAAAACGAAGAAAACCAAGAAAGAAAGGGAAAAUGGGCGUCAUCAAUUCAACACCUGAUAUUGAAGAGGAAAAGUCUGUGGAAAAUGUUAAGCGACAGAAAGAGAGAGAGAAAUUGGCGAGAGCAGCUAACAGAAAACUUGAAGCAACUGAUGAACCAGAUGUGGAAUGUACCCAAAUAAACCAUGAGCAAGAUGACGAUGCUGAAGAUGUUGCAUGCUUGUACUGUAACGAGUUCUACUCUUGGUCGAAAUCCAAGGAGCUGUGGCUCAAAUGUCAGCUAUGUAGUUUGUGGGCCCAUGCUGCUUGUGCAGAUAAGAGUUUAUCGAUGAGGAAUGGUGGAGAACCAUCGCUGUGGUCAACUUGA